AUGGGUUUCCUUUUGCCUGCGACUGGAAAGCCCUUUGACCCUGAAACUGAUAUCCCAGACCUUGCCGGCAAGGUCAUUCUAGUUACUGGAGCAAACACGGGCAUAGGCAAAGCUACUGUUGUAGCUCUCGCCGUGCACCAACCCGAACGCAUCUACCUCGCAGCCCGGGAUGCCGAAAAAGCUGCCGGCGCCAUCAAGGAUGUCGAAGCUGCGGUACCCGGCGCAUGCAUCUCGUUUCUUGAGCUUGACCUUGCCUCUCUGGCAUCUGUGCGCAGCGCUGCGAGGCGCGUGAUUUCCGAGGUUAAACGUCUAGACAUAUUGGUCUGCAAUGCUGGUAUCAUGGCCGCCCCGCCGGGUUUGACUGUGGAUGGCUACGAGCUGCAGUUUCAGACCAACCAUCUCGGUCAUGCUCUGCUGAUCAAGCUUCUCCUGCCCACGCUUCUCCAUACUGCUGAAGCUCCUGACAGCGACGUGCGCGUGAUCUGCCAAAGCUCGCUGGGAUUCCAGAUUGCCCCGAUGGGCGGCAUACGAUUUGACAGCCUCAAGACGACACAGGAAGACCUCAGCGUACUUCCAGAUUCUUUCGGCACGUAUUACCGCUACGGUCAAUCCAAGCUCGCCAACAUUCUUACGGCUGCCGAGCUGGCAAAGCGCUAUCCUCAAAUCACUGCCGUCUCUGUGCAUCCUGGCAUUGUUGAUACGCAGUUGCUACCCAACUACUUACGAAACAAGUGGAUAAGGUUGGUUAUGACGCGAUCUACAUCGUUGAAGACGCCCAUGGAGGGCGCGUACAAUCAGCUUUGGACUGCGACCGCGCCGAAGGACCAUCUUGUAAACGGCGAGUUCUACGAAGCUGUUGGAGUACUAGGUGUGGACUCGUGUUAUUCGAAGAGUGAGAAGUUAGCGGCGCAGUUGUGGGAUUGGACUAUGAAGGAACUUGAGGCUUAUGAGACGGAUAUGUGA